AAGUGUAGAACGCAAGUAGUUAAAUUUUUUCACAGUGCUGCUGCUGCACAACAACAAAUACGCAAAAUACUUGCGCCUAAUUUUUAAAUUUUUUGCGGCUAAUAAGUAAAGCAAAGUACACAUACAUAUGUAAAAGCAAAAAAGAAAUUAUACUACAACAAAAAUGGCUGCCCAAACGAUUGGCCAGAAAAUGCUGGUGGAAAUUACUACAGACGGCGUUCCCAAGUUGCAUUGUCCUGUCUGCAACAAGGCGCUCGUCUCGCUGGCCGGUUAUGUGAAGCAUGUGAAAAAACAUGAGCCGCCGGGAGGAUUUCAGUGUCGUCACUGCGAUGCCCACUAUUGCCAUGAGAAUGAACUGAAGGAGCAUGUGAAGAGCACACAUGGAGCAUUAAGCUGCCGCCUCUGCUUGGGCGAUGAAGUGCUGUUUAACAGCAAGGCGGAGUUGGAUGCACAUGUCGAGGAAGCGCAUCAAGAUCGCAAGUUUAAUGUGUGUGUGGUCACUGCCGACAAGCCUUUUAAGUGUGAGAUCUGUGGCAAAAGCUUUUCGGAUCGUGAGAGCUGCCUAUCGCAUCAUUCCGAGCACAUUAACGCUUUGCCCGUCGAGUGCAAGUCGUGUGCACAACGUUUCUCUUGCCAAUCCAGUUUGACCAAGCAUCAGCGAAAGCAUCCCGACACAUGUGGUCGCCGUCAACGCACUUCCGCUCCAGCUGAGUCACCCAAUGAGGUCAAAAAGAAACGCGGCAGGCCAAGGAAAUGCAGCCAACCAGCAGUUGCUAGAGCAGUCAAAGCCGCAGUAGCUUCCUCGGGAGAUAGCGACGAUGACGUGCCGCUAGCUACGCGACUGAAAGUGCAGACGCCGAUGUUGAAGCAGGAGCCCAUUAGCAGCCAGGAGCUGAGCGAUUCCGCAGAAGAAUAUCCCGACUUUGAACCCAACAAUAGCGAUGACGACGCUGAUGCUAUGCAAUUUAAGCUGCCCACGCCAGCGAUGGUCAAAGUAGAGGCCAUUGAUCCGGACUUUGAGUACCAGGAUGCCAGUAACUAUGUCAAGGAAGAAAGCAGCGCUCACGAUAUCUAUAGCAAUGAGAAAGACAAGCUGCUGGAUGUGCUGCUUAGUCCCGAUGAGAGUCUUAAGCCAUUUGAGAGCCUCAAGGUGGAGCAUUCGACAGGAAUACUGGAUGAGAUUGCUGCAGUGCCUCUGGGUAAGCACAAUGGUGCCGAGCACCUGGAGGAGGAUGCGCUGGCGCUGUGGGAAACUGGAGCAGGCAGCUCCGACGAUGAUAAACAGCGAGAAUCACGCACAAAAUCGAAUGGCAAACGCAAAUAUCGCAAACGUGGCACAGAAACAUCGCCGUCGCCAGACCAAUCCUCGGCACCAAGGCGCGUGUCCAAGAUCUCCAAGAAGGAGCUGAAAGAACGCUUGAAGAUGCUGAAUAAAAUGGAGAAGACCUGGCAGUGUCCGCAUUGCGUGAAAAUCUAUCACAUACGUAAGCCAUAUGAAAAACAUUUACGUGACGAUCACAAGCUGAACGAGCAGGACAUCAAGGACAUAUUCAAGGAUGUGGGCGGACAUGCGGAACUUGAAGAAGAAGUUUUCAAAUGUAAAAUAUGCAGCAAAAUCUAUUUGGUGGAAAAGCGACUGGAAACCCAUAUGAAAGUCCACGGCAACGAUGGCAGCUUAACAUUCAAGUGUCCCUGCUAUUGCAAUCUGUUCUUCGCCAGCAAGGAACUGGCCACACAGCAUGCCCAUCAGCAGCACAAGGAGUUGCUAUACUGCGAGAAAUGUGACAAGUACAUGACGGGCCACGACAGUCUCAAGAACCACGAGAAGAAUUAUCAUGCCAAGAAGGAGCCACGUAAUUUGCCGCGUAAUCUCAUCUGCGACAAAUGUGGGAAGAAGUUCACGGGUCGAACUUCGCUCUCGGAUCACGUGCGCUCUGAUUGCGGCCGUGUGCCGCUCUAUGAGUGCACCAGCUGCGGCAAGCGGUUGUCUACGGCUGGCAUACUGAAGACGCACAUGCUGCUGCACCAAUCGGAGACGCCGUAUCAGUGCGACAAGUGCGGCAAGACGUUCAAGGUGAAGGCGCAGUACAAGUCGCAUCUGAAAACGCGGCACACCGACUACAAGCCCUAUAAGUGCCAUCUCUGUCCUAAAGAAUAUCCAUAUCGCGAGAGUCUGCUGACGCACAUGACUGUUCACACGGGCAUCAAGCGCUUCCUAUGCAACAAUUGCGGCAAACGCUUUACUUGCAUCUCCAAUCUACAGGCGCAUCGCAAGGUGCACGCUGACACCUGUGGCCAAUUGCCACUGAAUGCCAAGGCCACGGAAUACAUGGGUGUGCAGCGAGGCAAACUGCUAAUGGGUGCCAAACCGGAGGCGGGCAUGGAAUAUGAGGAGACGAAGACACUGAUUGCGCAGGAUGUUAUUGAUCGCGAUUUACCGAUGGCGCAGGAAUUGAAUUUUCCAUCCGAUGGCAUUGCGCCGCUGGCCACAGUGCCGCUCAACUAUGAUUCGUCGCAUCUGGUGCCGCACAUUGUGCUGCAGACGAUGCAGGCGGAGGCACGUAAUAAGAAUUAG